UAAAUACACAUCCCUGAAAUAGCUAGUACUGCUUUCUAUAUUCUACCGUCUUCUGAGCAAAAUAUCAACUCUGCACCAUCAGAGCAAAAUCAGUGCCACGAUAAGCGCAAUUAUUUGACGUUUAAAAUGUCUGAAAAACGCUAGUGUGAGAUUAUUUUGUCAAACAACUAUUUCCAUCCCACCAGUGUUAAUGUUUCAUGGUUUCCGUGGUAACCAGACGCUUCUUCCUCGGGCCGUGCCCCGGUUAACACAGACCGAUAAAGACAACGAGGCUUAUUUCGUUGGUUUCUCGCAACAGGAAGGUUCUGCAAUGAUGUCUUCUUCUCAAGAGCUGCCUUCCUCUCAAGAGCAGCAGACAGAAAACACGCCAUCAUGUGUCAACCCUGGAAACCCAGUGUUUUCCUGCAUGAUGAAUCCAGCAGUCAAAGGUGUGGUGUCAGCGAUGAGUGCAAGGUCCCAGAACAUCCUCUUCAAGACCACGUCCGGUGAUUACGGUCUUCUUCCUCCGACCUAUGAAAGCUCACCGUGUGUGUUCUACCCUAAAUCGCAGAGAUUCUCUGAAAACCUGAGAAAGAGUGGGAUGUAUCGUGACAACUCCUUUAAUACAUCCCUGAAGUGAAGCAGGCAUGUAGUAUAAACACCUAAAUGUAUACUUGUCCUAAUAAAUGCCUAAUCUCGAUGUUCCCAUA